AUGAACUCAUGCUCAGCGGUGUGCAACAAUAAUCAUCUCAUGGCACUUAAUAAAUUACGAACUUCAGAGAUAACAUCAGGAAGCCAAGUGCGGCGCGAAGAUUAUGAGGAUGAAAUCGACUAUUUUAGAGUUACCCUAGCUCAAAAAGGCCUUAGCGAAACACUUAAUGGUGCAGAGGAUUUUAUGGAGUCACUCGCCAGUCGUCCAAUAGAUGAACUGAAUCUUCAAUGGCAGCAGAAAAUCUCGCCACACACGCUGAACUCAGACAUUGACCAGGAUACUUCACGAAAAGAACCUCGACUUUUCACUUACGUCGACGGCGACGAGCUUCCACAACAACUAAAAAUUCGCACUAACCCUCAAAGUGUUGAGGCAACCGGAACAAGGACAGGUUACGAACCCUACGACGGUCGUGAUGAGCUCGUCAUCUGCCGAGUCACGUUACUAAACGAUCGCUCCAUAAUUUUCGAGCCUCGCCUAUCACAUAACGGCUACCGUAUUCAAAGUAAAAUUGGUGAAUAUUUGGCAAUGGUACAUGUAUGGGAUGAUCAUUUCACACCAAUUUAUGACCAACUGGAAGUGAUGACGCUAGCGCCUCCGAUUCCCGAAACUCAAUCGUUUGAACUCCCGCAAGAGGAUGUUACACAGUUCGUAUCGCUGAUGAACAUUGAUUAUGCUAGUGAUUUCGACUACAAGACCAUCUGUAUUGAAUAUGUCGCUUAUUUUCCGGAAGGGACUACUUGUACAUCUAACAAUACCGAGGGGCAGACAUCACAGUGUUCAGCAGACGAGAAUAGCCUCUUCCACUUCUCAAUUCCAAUCGAGUUCAAUUUUGUCGCUCCAAAAAUAUCGACAUUUCAUUUACGAUUUCGUGUACGAUCCGAAGAUUAUUGGGGUAGACAGUACGUGGCUGGUUACGCCAGUCUCAUUCCAUUGCUGUCACCUGGAAGAACUGAUUAUCGUGUCGAAUGUUGGCGACCAAUCAGAGUAGGAGACAACGCCAGUGAACUACAAGAGCUCUUCAUUGGUCAAUCUAUCGACAUCGAUUUUCUUAACUGGAAAGAGGAUGGCGUAAUUUCCAGAGCCGGACUAACCACUCAGUCCUCUGGUACCUUACAUAUUUCCAUUACGAAUAUUGUACAACGACGUGAUUAUAUGACCAGAGAAACGUUGAACCAUAUGAAAUACGGAGCAAUGUUUGGUCGAAUGGGGAUGAGAUCAGAUCUUUACUGGCGAAUUAUGAAAGUGCUCAUGGAAUUCGAGGAAGCGAAGCGUCAGCUGCUCAACGUACGGGCAAAUCAGUAA